UGAGAGACAGUCGGUGACAGGAAGAGAAUGUCGGUUGGAUAAUUUAACAUUUUCUGUGUUACAUUGAAUCAAUGUAAAUUUUUGAACAAGUGCGAAUCUAUUUGGUAUUAAGUGUUUUCGGAUUAUAGUUAUUAAACAAUGGAGAGUUGUCGAUUGUGUUUUGUCAAAGAUAAACUGUUGGAUGUUUUUGAUUCUCGUUUUCAAAAUGGCGGAGAAGUUGUUCGAACUUACAUACAAUUAUUUUCUGGAGUUGAGAUAUUGGCAUCAGAUAUUGUCACUAAAAAGAUAUGCCAACAAUGUUUGGACCAAAUCUUAUAUAUGUUCAACUUCCGAACCAGAGCUGGAUUAAAUGACAGGAAACAUAAAAAAGAUGCUGGGUUGGAAGUGGAGAAGAUGAAACCCAUUCCAGUAAUAAUAAAAAAUAAUUUUGAUAUGAUUAAAAAAAUUUCAAAUACAAUUAUAAAAAUGGAAGGAGUACCAGAUAUUAUUAUUGUUGAUGAUGAAGAUUCUGAAAUACAUUCUGCUCCAGUACCAAUUGAAGAUUUACAUCCAAUUCAAGUAAAUUAUAAUAUUACAAAUGAUCAAGCACAAGAAUUACCUGCUAUAGUAGCAUCUACCUCUACAACUAAUGAUAAGGAAAUGAUCACAAAUGCAUCAGAUAAAAUACAAUCAAUAAUAGAACCAAGAGAUGAAACAAUAUCAAAUGGGGAAUUAGGUGUAGUAAGUACAAGUUCACAAAAUAAUGGACUAUCUGAUACAGGAACAGAAGAAAAUAGUAAUAAUGAUCUGAGUAAAGAUAAUGCAUUAACUUUACAGUCUAAUAAUAUUUGUUAUGAUGAAAUUGGUGAAUCUCAGGUAAAUGAUUCUUCAGUACCUGAAAGCAUUGGUCAACUGAAUGAUGAAGUAAGUCAGCUACAGUUGGGUACUUCAAUUUGUGAUGAAAGCAGUCCACAGAAAAUAGAUUCUAUCUGUGAUGAUAAUAAGACAAAAAAUGUAGUUUGCAAAUCGAAGAAAAUUAAUAAUACCAAGAGGAAGAGUAGUAAAUCCAGUGAUGCAAGUAAUCCCAAGCAACUGAAUAUUUCUGUCAGUGAUAGCAAUAAGACUAACAAUACUGAUAAAAGCUCCAAAAUGAUGAAUAGUUCAAUUGCUGAUGGACAAGAGACGAAAAAUGUUGGUGCCAGUCAUGCAAAUAAUUCUAAAAAUGAUGACGCAAUUACUCCUAAUAAAAGGAAAGUUGUAAUUUCUGAUGGUAAAAAGCCCAAUUGUACUGACAAAAAUGGCUCCAAGCAAAUGGAUAUUUCACUUAGUGGUGGUAAGAAGACCAAAUCUGUUUCCAAAGAUGCAAAAGGCAACAAGCAGCAAGAUACUUCAGUAAAAUCCACUAAAUGUGAUUCUGAUCAGAAUAAAACAAUUGAUAGCUGUGACAAAAGAAUAGAAUAUUCUAAGAAUAAAAAACGUGAAGCGUUAAGGGAAUGGGUACCAAGCGAAUCUGUUAACAAUAUAUUAAAAAAGUAUCCAAAGUUAAUUAUUUCUGAGGAUAUGUUGGACUUAAAUAUUAAUCCUACAAUACGUUUAAGAAGAUGCGACGAAAAGUCAACUAAACGUAAUGCUCGAAAACGUGUUAAUAAUAGUCCAGUAGCAUUAACUAGAGCUCGAAAAAGAUUAAGAGGUUCAUUGCCAGCAGAAUUGCCAUUUAAAAGAUUAGAGGCAAAUUCUCAUAUUAAUAAUAUGGAUGAAAAGAAAGAAAUGUUUGUAUCAUCUCUUGAAUUGGUGAGCAAGGAUAAAAUUAAUGACGGCGCAGAAGAUAUUGUUGAAUCUAAAUUGUAUACAUGCAUCAAAUGCUCAGAAAAUUUUAAAUCUAGCAACAGUUUAAAAAUUCAUAGACGCCAUCAAUAUUGCAAAUGGUGCAAAAAAUGUAUACAGUGUAGCACAGUGAAGCAUAAACAUGAAAGUCUUGAAUGUAAAUUUAAAAAAAAAUUGGUUGUUCAAAUUGAAAAAAUGUGCGACGACGACCAAACAAGAAUUCCUUCAAAACCAACUGAACCCCAAAAAGGUAUUGAUAUUGAUGUUGAAAUUGCAUUGAAAGAAUAUAUUUUAAACAAGAUGACAAUAACCAAGGAGAAAAUAAUACAAACGGAAACUUUGAACACUGCACCGGAGCAACCGAUUGUAGAAGGUACUAAAAUUCGAUAUAAAGAUUUGUAUCGGGAUAUUGGUUCUAGUUACAUGCCAGUUCAUUUAUGUUUGUCGACUAAAAAUAAAUCUAAAAUCAUAAGAACUAAUCUGGAGCCAUAUGUUUCUGUUAAACAGCCAGUAACAGAGGUGAAAAAAUCUAAGUACGAAAAGAAAACACUGCAACAGAUUAAUGAUAUACUUUUCCAUAAUUCUAAAUCACCACGCAGUAAGCAGCAGAGUAGUAAUAGUAGCUCUAAUAAAAGUGCGGUUAGUGUUGCUGAACAACCGCUUCCAUAUGUAGUCAACAAUCAACAGCAGAUGAACACAGUUGUUAAUAAUCAAUUAGUUAAUAGAUCUGCUGGAAAUCAACAAAAUACUAUAUUCAUUAAUAAUCAAAAAAUAAAUGUUACAGUUAAUAAACCUGCAGAAAAUAAACAAUUAACUGCAGUCAUCAAUAAGCCAAACGUAAAUCUACCAGUUUAUAAACUGAUACAAAAUCAACAAUUAACUGCACUUAUUAAUAAUCAACCAAAACAUAAUCUACCUGUGAGGCCUGUGGUAAAUCAACAAAUAACUAUACCCAUAAAUAGUAAUCAAAUAAAUUUACCUAGUAUUAGACCUGCGGUAAAUCAACAAAUAACUAUACCAUUAAAUAAUCAACAAAUAAAUUUUAGACCUGCUGUUAGUCAGCAUAUUGCCAUACCAGUAAAUAAUAUUGUUGUAAGUCAGAAUUUAACAAUUCCUGUUAGUAAUUCUGCUUUAAGUUUAGCAUAUACUAAUCCUGGUCUAAAUGCUCUAUUAUCUAUGCCAUAUAAUGCCACUGUAGCAAGUCGUCAGAAUUUAACUUCAGGGCUACAAGGUGUUAAUGCAUCUAACACGGUUGUUAGUUUAAAUAAUAUGCAGACUGCAAACGCGGGUUUCCGCGAAAUAUAUACGAAAAGUGGUCCAAAUAUAUUAAAUACGAAAAUUGCACAAACUAAUAAUAUGCUGCAGACUCAGCACUUGAGUAUUAAAGUUACGAAGAAUGAAACUGCAAGCACAUCUUCUAGGAAAACUGCAAGCACCGUCUCAGCAGCAUCACACAAAACGGAUGUCGUGAAUUCAAGAACAGCGGGAACUAUUAAAACGUCUUAUAUUGUUACCAAUACCGUUCAGUCACCAUCCAAGAAAAUCUACAGGCAGACUGAGAAAAAAACACCUAUUGAACAUACGCAAACUAAAGACACAAAUAGAGAGAAUAGUAAUGAUAAUCCUGUGAUAUUAAAUGGCUCGAGAUCAGUAACAAAUAAAAUAUGGGUUAAAAAUCCUAUGGAAAUUAAUAAGUCGGCAAAUAUAUAAUAUUUAUAAUAUAUUUUUGUU